AUGAACGGCUCAACUACUUUAGGAGAACUGGACUCUUCCCCCGAGUACCUCACGAAACCGUCUAUUCGUCGCAAAAGACAUAGAAUCCCUCUCUCGUGCAACGUUUGCAGACAGCGAAAGGUAAAAUGCGAUAGGAAUCGUCCAGUUUGUGACGUUUGUGUGAAGUACAACGUUGGCCAUUUAUGCCAGUAUGAUUAUAUUGAGGAGGGCGAUGGGUCUGGUAAGAAAGAGGCUGAAGGCGGUAAAAAGCAAAAAACUCAAAAGAAAGCCAACAAUGACACGAACCCAGCACUGAAGGUAUCUUCGUGUCCACUAAAAGAUAAUGGUAACAAUGGUUCACCAAAAUACCCUGCGGUCUUCAACAAACAGCCCUUAGUGCCUCCAACAAUCUCUUCACCAGCUCAAAACACCUUUGAGGCUAAUGCGGCCAGGUUUCAGCCUUUGCCGCCACAGCUAGUUCAGACGAACCCUUCGGCUCUACCGGUUGGAAAUGGUUUGGGCCAUCAUCACGUGCUGCCUCCUAUUCCGUCGUCAUUCAGCAAUUCGUCUCCACCCGAUAGAAAUGCCCCCAUUCAGACAGAGCUGGAGGAUUUGAAGGACAAAAUUCGGAAAAUCGAGGCAUCGAUUGCUAUUGCUGGUUUCUCGGGACAAUCUAUAAGCUACGGUCAAAGUGCAAGCAGUUUGGGAAACACACCACCGACUCCUCUGUCAAACCCUACUUUCAACGCACCUAGCCCUGGGGUUCAGAAUUGGGAGUCCAAGUGGGAUCAGAACUACUCGGUUCAGGAAAGCAAGCACUAUAACCACGGUCCAAACCACUUGCCUCCUCCGCGUCAAUUGCAGCAUCGUCUUCCACCAGCUGUUCCCCAGUCGCACAGCCAGCCUUACAAUUCGAGACCUGACUUGAGCAACAGUAACAAAUCCAAUAAUGGCAUAUUGGAUCCAUCUCCUGCGAGCUCCAUGGAUGGAGGAAGAGGGAGCACUGCAAGCAAAACUGGCGUCUUUUCCAAUCCGGAACUGCAAUCCACAUUGGAUCCAAAUGAGACUCUGAAUUUUCAUUCUGGUUACAUUCCUAUGCAUUUCAAGGAGUCAAGGGUUGUGAAUCAUGGCCCACUUGCAUGGAUUACAAUGGUCAAGAAAGACCCUUUUUUGAAGCAAAUGUGGAGCAGAGUUUUGAAGUUGAAGAAACAGCGGAAGAUUUUCCCUCAUGAUAUGAAUACUAGAGACGACAAAGGUAAGGAUGAAAUUGGAAUUGACCACGAUAAUGACAACGAUAUGGGUAACCCCAAAUCACCAGUAUCUAACUGCCAUGGGGAACGCAUUGGUUUUGACUGUCCUUCUAACAACGAAGCAUUUAAGUCCAGCGGAAAACAAAGCGAUCUUGACGACGAGUUCAGAGAUCGGAUGCUUGAGAAUGAAGGUAUCACCGAUCUUCAACCCUACAAGAAGGCAAAGAAAAGUCACAAAGAGGAGGGAAACAAAGAGACAUUGCCUUUGGGUAUAUCUGUUGACAAGCGUGAGACAGAGCUGACCACAAUAGAACACGUUGAGAGAUGCCUGCCUAAUAAAAAAGCCUUAUGGCUUUAUAUCGACAGGUUUUUCGAAUGGGUUUAUCCCUUUAUGCCUUACCUGGAUGAGGAAACAUUUUGCACCGAUGCAGAGAAGAUUUUUGGACCAAGGUCGGAUUCGGAAGAGAAAAUCGAAUCGAUCACUCUCGUUCGGAGACUUGAUUUCGCAACAGUCGGAAUACUCUUACUGGUUUUGAGAUUUUCGCACCUUUCCCUAAUGUCUAAUUCGGAUAACGCCGUGGCCGAGAAGCAGAUGACGGAUGAGGAGAAAUACCUCCUCAAAUUUCCAAUUGGUGUUGAUGUCACCGUUGUCGCGCAGCUAUGCCUGAACCAGUUCAGAUUGCUAAGAAGAUGUACUCUCACCAUUUUCCAAUGUGCACUGUACAUGAGACUCUACCAUAAAUAUGCACCAGAAGAUGGAGAUGGAGGAGACGGAGGAGACUCGCAAAUCUUCACUGGUAUGUUGAUCCAGAUGGGGACCUCGAUGGGUUUGAAUAGAGACCCUGUCAAUUUUGAGCCAAUGUUUGUAAACCCAAGGUUAGCUAAUUUAUGGCGAAAAAUCUGGUAUUGUUUGCUGUCAUUUGAUUUUUUCCAAAGUUUCGCGUUGGGGAACCCACAGACCUCUAGGUCCAACUUUUAUGAUUCGAAUCUGCCAAUUUACUCCUCUUCUGCUUCAAGCAUCAAAAACGUGUAUCUUGAAGAGGAAGUUAUCGCAAGUAUCAAUCGUCGUUUUGCAUUGGAAGUGAAGCUCCAGGAAAUCGCCGAAAAGGCACUUGACCUCAAAAACCCACCCAAAGUGGUGGAUCUGCUAAAAUCGCUGACCAGCUUGCGCGAGUUUAUAUACACAGAAUAUGGCUCCUUGCGCAAAAUAAUGAUUGAACCAACAGACGGUGAUCAUGUCAAGAAUAUCCGGAAAGUCAAGAGGGUGGUGGAAUACUGUGAAGCCAACCUUCUAAUCCACCCCGUGUACUAUCAUAUAUUUCUUCACUACGAGGACGUGGACAACUUCGACGUCUGUUCCCAUCUGUCGAAGGUCAUAUUGAAAGAGAUCAUGCAGAUCGUCUCCAAUUUUUUUGAAUUGCUCAAGACAAGUUACAAGUAUGUCGGACGCGGGUUUGACACGAUACUGACCCCAUGUCUUGAGAUGGCCAUGCACAAAACCCUUCAGUUUCAAUUCUCAUUGUAUGUUAGGUGUGCCCAUUUGAAAGAGCAGGGUGCUUCAAGCUUCGAACUGGAUCAGGCCAUGGCGAAGUUCCUGGAACAACUUAUCCACAACGUGAAGAACUACUUGAAGGGAUUACAAGUGGUGAGUAAGAAGUAUUACUAUGCUUGGAGGAUGAGCAAGGCACAGAACUUCAUUUUGAAAAUGUUGCAAGACCUUCCCGCGUUUUUGAAGUCGGGGGUGUUUGAGGCAUCAGAAAUUCCUCACAAGAACGCCAUUUCAGGUUUCGGGGCGAAGGAUUUCCAGAAGUUGGUGGAUAUCAUCGAUAUCCAGAGUUUUCUACAGGACCAGGCAAAAGAGGAAGGUGCGUUCUCAGACACUUUUACGAAUGCGUCCACCAUCUCAGAAAAUGCACCGGAAGAAGAUCCAACCUCGGAUGAUAUCUGGAUUCAGAUGUUGAAGAGUCAGAAUGAUGAUAUCAACACUACGUUCCACGACAAUACCGGCCAAUAUGCAGUCAACUUUGACAAUAGCACAAAUGAUUUCUUGAAGUCGACUGACAUUGACUUUGAGCAGAUUUUCGGUGGUGAAUCAAUUGACGUGCCCGUAGAUGCAUUUGCCGACUUGCCAUUUAACAUGAGCUGGAACAAUCCUAGCCUCUCAACGAUAUGA